UAUCCGUCCAAAUCUAUUCAAAGCACAAGCUCACUCAAAACCUCCGUUCGCGGGAGAAUAUUCCGUUUCGCCUCCGACGGAAUAUUCCCUUCCAGUUCACACAAUGCACUCUCCGACGACCAACGUAGACAACGGCGACGUUCAUGUUGGCGGGAAGGAGACGGAAUCCGAUCGCCUUCUCCAUCCCCAAACCCUCCCUUCGAGCUCCUCCGAUGACGACGAAGCCGAUGUCGCUUUUGAGUCCAGAGAGAAGAUCGUCAUCUUCGACGUCGAAUCUCCCGAUUCUGCCGCCGGAGACUCCGCGACACGGCCGUUCUCGUGGCGGAAGCUGUGGUUGUUCACCGGCCCUGGGUUCCUAAUGAGCAUCGCGUUCUUAGAUCCGGGGAAUCUGGAGGGAGAUCUGCAAGCGGGAGCUAUCGCUGGUUAUUCGCUGCUAUGGCUCUUGAUGUGGGCAACGGCCAUGGGACUGCUGAUCCAGAUGUUGUCGGCUCGGAUUGGCGUCGCCACUGGUCGACAUCUCGCGGAGCUCUGUCGAGAGGAGUACCCGACAUGGGCGAGGUAUGUGCUUUGGUCCAUGGCGGAGCUUGCCCUGAUCGGAGCUGAUAUUCAGGAGGUAAUCGGCAGUGCUAUCGCUAUUCAGAUUCUCAGCCGCGGUGUUUUGCCGCUUUGGGCUGGUGUCGUGAUUACGGCAUCUGAUUGUUUUAUGUUCCUGUUUUUAGAGAACUAUGGUGUAAGAAAGCUAGAAGCUGUUUUCGCCAUUUUGAUCGCAACAAUGGCAAUGUCCUUCGCUUGGAUGUUCAGUGAGACCAAGCCGAGUGGAAGAGAACUUCUGAUAGGAAUAUUACUUCCAAGACUUAGCUCAAAAACGAUUAGGCAAGCUGUAGGGGUCGUGGGCUGUGUCAUAAUGCCUCACAAUGUGUUCUUGCAUUCGGCUCUGGUUCAGUCGAGGAAAGUUGAUCCCAAUAAGAAAGGCCGGGUUCAAGAGGCGCUAAAUUACUAUAUGAUCGAAUCUACGGUUGCCCUUUUCGUAUCGUUCAUGAUUAACUUGUUUGUGACUACCGUAUUUGCAAAGGGGUUUUACGGUACUGAGCAAGCUAACAACAUAGGACUGGUUAAUGCUGGACAGUAUCUUGAGGAGAAGUUCGGAGGUGGGCUUCUCCCGAUUCUUUACAUUUGGGGAAUCGGAUUGUUAGCAGCAGGGCAAAGCAGUACAAUAACUGGUACAUAUGCUGGACAGUUUAUUAUGGGCGGAUUUCUCAACCUUCGGCUUAAGAAAUGGUUGAGGGCAUUAAUAACACGGAGCUGUGCGAUCGUGCCAACCAUGAUUGUGGCAAUCGUGUUCAAUACUUCAGAAGCUUCCUUGGAUGUUUUGAAUGAAUGGCUUAACGUGCUUCAGUCCAUACAAAUCCCGUUUGCGCUUCUUCCUCUUCUGACCUUGGUUGGGAAGGAAGAGAUAAUGGGAGCAUUCAAGAUUGGACCUAUUCUCGAGAGACUAGCCUGGACAGUGGCUGCACUCGUAAUAAUCAUCAACGGGUAUCUUCUGUUUGAUUUCUUCGUGUCGGAAGUCAAAGGUUUUCUAUUUGAAUCUGCUGUCUUUGUCGGCACUGCUGCUUAUGUGGCCUUCAUAAUCUACCUCAUCUCACACUGCAACAGCUCCAGCUCAGUUCCAUCUUCUUGGUUCUCCAUAGAGCUCCCCAAAAGAAUAUCUGUGUCUGAAAGCUAAUUUACCCUAAAGAAAACUGUUCUACAUUCUCUGCUACACGGAAGGAAAAGAUCGGGGAAUCAAUUCAUGGCAUCUCGAGCAAUAACACCACGAUAUACGGCAACUGAUAGACAACACACUUUCAUUGUCUGAGAGAAGGAAGCUUCAAUAUGUCAAUACACAUAAGCAGUCUCUUGUAGAAUAUACUGUUAGCAAAGUAUCUUUUUGUACCCUUUUUUUUUCUGAAUCUUAAUCUUAUGUGUAACUGAAGAUUUUAUUCUUUCUAUCAUGUAAGUAGCAAUAGAGUUAAAAGUAAAAGAAGCAUCUACAUUAGAUGAGAUUGACCCCCAAGUUUAUUUGGGGUCAGCCGUAUGAAUUCCUUAUUUACACUUAUUUCGGUUUUGAGUUAA